AACCCUGGCAUUUCACAAUCAGCUAGUUAACUACCAUAUUUGCUAACUAGCAUUGAAUAAUUAAUAUCUAGUCAGAAGCAACGGCGAACCUCGGCAUUGCCCGCACUCGUCACGUGACCAUAUUCGUCUCGCUGACGUUCUCCGCAGCCGGUCCGUCCCUCAUUUGAGAGAGGCAGCUCUCCAUUUGGCCACUCCGCAUCACUUUCCUGCUACUCACUCCAUCCCACCCAUUUUCUUCGUCUCUCUAGCUACGACAUGAGAUGACUUCUCUGGUCAUUCAGACCAAGAUUAUCUGAACUAUCUCAUUCCGAGUUAACGUCGUGAAAGGAUGGCUGCACUUCCGCCUAGGUAUACUGCCGCCGGCGGCCGGUCCAGGUCGUCGGAUGCUCCCUCGACAUCAGGCAACGACGAGAUGUUCUCCUCUGGAGCGAACAAUGAUCGGAACCAAACGUCAUCGGAAACGUUUGAGGACUCAGAAACGGUCUUCUUGAAUAGACCGUCUUCCGCGGCGCGCGAUUCGGAUUCGAGAGAGCCGACGCCGGCGGAUGUGUCAGAGGCUACGGUCGUAUCGCCUGAGGCCUCGCCUACGGUUGUUGAUGCUGCGGAUGAGGAACCCAAGAAAUGUUGGAUUUGUUAUAUGGAUGAGACGGAGGAUACGCCGUUCAGCUCGGAAUGGCGCUCGCCGUGUCCGUGUGCUUUGACGGCUCAUGAGUCUUGUUUGCUGGACUGGUUGGCAGAUCUGGAGAACCCGAAAUCACGCAAGCGGAAUGGAGGCGCAGCGAAGAUGCUGUGUCCGCAGUGCAAAUCGGAAAUCGUGAUCUCGCGUCCGCGGAGUUACAUCGUCGAUCUCGUUCGUUCAAUGGAGCGGAUAGCGGGCAGAUUGGUGCUGCCGGGAAUGGUAUUUACGCUGGCUGGGACCGUCUGGGCUGGAUGUUGCGCACAUGGCGUCUACUCGCUGUAUCUUGUCUUUGGCCCGGAAGAUGCUAGACGAAUAUUCGAGGAUAGCGUGGAUGGGGCAUGGAGUCCGGCCCUGAACCUCGGUCUGCCGCUCAUCCCUCUGGCCUUGAUAUUCUCUAGGACCCGUUACGCGGAGGGUCUCCUACCUGCGAUACCUGUGCUGUUUUUUGCCACCCAUAGCCCCGGUGGACAUGAAGCGGAUAUUGACCUGUGGCCACCGAGUGCUGCCAUGACUUUUGCUGCGUUACCUUACGUCAAGAGUUUCUACAAUGCACUGUACGACAGACUCUUUGGAAAGCUUGAGAGAAAGUGGAUUGCAGAAGUGCAACCGCGCGCUGGGGAGGCGGAGGACCCCGAUAUACAGCAGGAUCCGGCUAAUGCAGCACUGCCACCGCUAGGAGACAUUGGCGAUGGACAGAUUCUUAUGGAGAUUGAUCUUGAGUUGCAGGUUGGCAUGGGUGAUGACAAUGACCAGCCACAAGCGAUGCUAGGUCUUGGAGCGGGGAAUAAUCAGCAAGGUGCUGCCGGUGGACAAGCGGCUCAAGGGGGCCAGAACGGUCAGGGCGGUCCGCUUCUUGGGCGACGCCAUGAUGACUUGAUCCAUGAUACGAGCAAUGUCGCAGACACCAUACUUGGCGCCCUCCUCUUCCCAGCCAUAUCGGCAGGUAUGGGUGGAAUAUUGAAGUACAUUCUGCCUAGGUCCUGGACCACGCCGUCCUCUGUCUUGGACCGCGCAAAGCCUGGACUGCUGCAGUCGCGGUGGGGUCGCAGUGUUGUUGGAGGUUGCCUCUUUGUCUUGUUGAAGGAUGCCCUGAUCCUAUACUGCCGCUGGAAGCUAGCGCAGACGCACAGGAAGAGGAGAGUGCUGAACUAUGACCGAACAAAGAAGCAGGUGGUAGGGAGAUGAUGCCCUCAAGAUGAUAUACCCGGGUCAAUCUCCCUCUUUUUUUCUUUCUUUCAUGAUCAAACCGGUGAUGAUGCAUUGUUUGUGGCGUUUCGGGCGGCAAUGGUAGCACUAUUAUAUAUGUCGGAUUUCGAAGCUCUCUUUCCCGGUCAUCCUACCCAUUGACCGGCUUCUUAUGCAUUACUGUCGAGGCCUUGUUCUGGUUGAGGCUCUCCCCGGUAUUAUUGGUAAUGGCCAUACAUACAGGAGUACAGUUAUGCGGACCUUGUGGUCAAAUUACGCUACACAAAAGCUGGUUCAAUAAAAACCAAGCAUCUCCAGAAGCAAUGAUCAUUGUACAUAGUCUCCGCU